AUGAUUUCCGGGCUGCGACCUUUUCCAGGCCGCAUAACUGGGCGGCGGCUGCCGUUGAGCCUCCGCGUUCAGCAAUGCAAUCUUCACGUUGACGGCAGGAGCCGUGUUUCGAACUUCUGGAUUCCCACAGGUGGAAUUUCUAAGAAGCCAGUUGAUGGUGAAAAGGAGGAUGCCAAUGACCUGUUGAUCAGAGGUGGAUUCCUCCGACAGGCAUACUCCGGGGUAUUUCAUAUGCUUCCCCUUGGUCUACGUGUCCAAGAUAAGCUAGAACGUCUGAUUGACAAGCAUAUGCGCUCCCUUGGUGCAUCCAGGGUCUCUUUGUCCUCAAUAUCCUCGCAAGAGCUUUGGAAACAGUCAGGGAGGUUCACCGAAGGCUCAGAACUAUUCCACUUCAAAGAUCGAAAAGAAACUCCAUUUCUCUUAGCCCCGACUCACGAGGAAGAGAUUACCACACUCGUGGGCAAUCUUACGACGUCAUAUAAGAGCCUGCCUCUACGAGUGUAUCAAAUAUCGAGAAAGUACAGAGAUGAGGCUCGCCCAAGACAAGGCCUGCUUCGUGGGCGUGAGUUUAUCAUGAAAGACCUCUAUACUUUUGACUACAGCGUUAGCGAGGCACUCAAGACAUACGAUGCAGUCAGAAAUGCCUACACAAAUCUAUUCAACGAACUAAAAAUUCCAUACCUAGUCGCAGCUGCCGAUUCAGGGAACAUGGGCGGUUCUUUGAGCCACGAGUACCACUUCAUCAGCCCCAAGGGCGAAGAUGAGGUGGUCAGCUGCUCGCACUGUGAACAUGUCUAUAACGAAGAACUGGCAGACGGCAAGACACACAGCUUCGAGGAGUCAGAACAGACCGCGGCACCUGGCUUCCAGACCGACGAUACACAAGUCGAAGGUGGACCAACAAUUUCAACUGGCAUGUGGAUGGCUAUCUCCCACGACAGUAACACUAUCGUACGAGGAUGGCACCCCAAAUUCUCAAUGCAGAGCGGUGCAACAGAGCCCAUUGAGCGCCAUGUCAAUUCCCACGCUGUCAAAGCAAUCGCCACCGCUGCCGGUAUCGACCUCGACCUAAGCGUCGAGAACCCACUUCAGCGCUGGACCGACCACGUCAAGAAAAACAAGUCAUCCACCCAAAAGCCGCGCGUAUUGGACCUGUAUGACUCGCAGGUGCGGGUAUACCAGCGUCCGCCACUGAGCGACCUUCUCCAGCGAGCUGGCUGCACAGUCUCGGAUAUCGAAUACUCUAAGUUGGACCGGUUCCCUGGGACAUCAAAUAAACUCAGUCUUGUCCGCGUCCAUGAUGGAGACAAGUGUUCCAAAUGCGCACAUGGAUCUUUAACCAGCCACUCCGCCGUCGAACUCGGACACACAUUCCACCUAGGGACACGGUACAGCGAAGUCCUCAACGCAUCUGUUUCUGUCAACUCCGCUCUCCUUGAGGGCUCAUCUGGGUCCGGUGAUAAAUCUUCCGCCAAGGAAAAAAUCGUGCCUAUGCAGAUGGGAUGCCACGGAAUUGGGGUUUCGCGUAUGAUCUCCGCAGUGGCGAACCGACUUGCUGAUUCCAAGGGACUCAAUUGGCCUCGGGCUAUGGCUCCGUACGAGGUCGUGGUGGUCUCAGGGAAAGCGCUGGAGACUGUUGCGGAUCAGGUGUAUGAUAAUCUUACCAGUGACGUCUCAGCGCCUGUCGAUGUCAUUCUUGAUGAUCGGGACAAGGGCAUGGGCUGGAAACUUGGCGACGCGGAUUUGAUUGGGUAUCCUAUCAUCGUGGUUGUUGGGAAUGGAUGGAAGAAACAUCAGACUCUCGAAGUACAGUGUCGCCGGCUGGACGUGAAAGAAGAUGUCUCAUUGGAUCGUCUGCGCACUUUCGUUGAGUCAUUGUUGACGCAGCUGUGA